AAGAAUACGUGUCUUGGGCAGACGACGUCGUAUCAACUGCGAGACCUCCCCUGGGGUUCCAGAUUAUAAACCAGGAACUGCAUCUGCUCGCAACUUGUCGACGCAUACGAGAGUUUGCAGUGAUGGCGUCGAUAGCUGCAAAGAAAAGGCCCAAAGAUGCGGCAACUAGUGCCGAUCAAAUGAGCAAGGGAAUUUUGCUUUACUCAAUUUUACUUGCUCUACAGUAUGGAGCUCAACCCCUAAUCUCCAAGCGAUGUACGAGACGAGAAGUUAUUGUCACUUCAUCUGUCUUAACUUGUGAGAUAGUGAAGGUCGUAUGUGCCCUGGUUAUCAUGGCAAAAGAAGGUAGUGUAAAGAAAACUUUUAGUCAGUGGACUGUGGCUGGUGCGUUGACUGCUUCAGGACUUCCUGCAAUUAUUUAUGCUUUACAAAAUAGUCUGCUGCAGAUAGCUUACAAGAAUCUUGAUUCUUUGACAUUCUCUAUGCUGAAUCAAACAAAAAUACUCUUCACUGCUGUAUGCACUUAUUUGUUGCUCAGGCAGAGGCAGUCCAUCCAGCAAAUUGGGGCUCUAUUCUUGUUGAUUGUUGCUGCUGUUCUUCUAAGUAUAGGUGAAGGGUCUAGUAAGGGUUCCAGUGAUGGCAGUUAUGAUCAAAUUUUGUUUCAUGGGAUUAUUCCUGUCUUGGUUGCUUCUGUACUCUCCGGUAUGGCUUCUGCAUUGUGUCAAUGGUCUUCGCAGGUUAAGAAACAUUCAUCAUACUUGAUGACUGUAGAAAUGUCUAUAGUUGGAAGUCUGUUCUUAUUGAUUAGUACCUAUAAAUCUCCUGAUGGAGAAGCUAUCAGACAGCAUGGUUUUUUCUACGGUUGGACUCUUCUCACUAUGAUUCCAGUCUUAUUCAAUGCUCUUGGUGGAAUUCUUGUUGGACUAGUCACUAGCAGAGCCGGUGGUGUUCGAAAGGGAUUCGUCAUUGUGUCGGCACUUCUUGUGACAGCAUUGCUGCAGUUCAUAUUCGAAGGGAAACCACCUUCAGUGUAUUGCAUUGUGGCUCUUCCCCUCGUGGUCAGUAGUAUUUCUAUAUAUCAAAAGUAUCCGUACCGAGUUAAAAAGAAGGAAUUAUAGCCUUUGACUGUUAUUUACCUGAGCAUGAGAUUUUUGGUUCAUCACGUGGAUGGAAUUUGUAGAUGGAUCACACCAUCAAAGCUACAGAAAUAACUAUAUCUUCUUGUUUUAGUCAUCUGAUUGAUAUAAUUGUAGUUAAUAUGGGGGCACCAAAUACUUGAUUUCAUCUAAUUUAUAGAUUUUUGUAUCUGGACUUGCAACUAAGAGCUGUAAUCGUGUAUGAAUAUGAUCAUUUCAUUCUUUUGUCU